AAAUUGUGGAUAUCACCGUUCGUAGUUUAUUACAUAAUUAAAAGAAAGCCAAUAAAAAAGAAAGAAAAAUAAUUGAAUAAUAAGCAAAUUAUGGACAAGCAAAAGCACAGCUUUCAAACUAUGUGAUACCCCAGGGAUAAGAGCCCUAAAUCUCAGCGGACCUGACCCACGUGAUGACUUUGCUAUGUCAAACAGCUUCGUUUUGGAAAAUAAGGGGAAAAGCAGUGGGGUAGGCGCAUAGACUUUCCCAUUCAAGAUUCCCCCGUAUAUUUCAUAAGCUCUUAAAAUGUUGUAUCCUUUCUUUCUGCUUCUUAUUCUCACGUCUACUGUUGAUUUGUCAAGACAAGAUGUGAUUGAUAAUUUACUCACGAGUCUAUCAAAGGGAAUUACAUACUUUGAGAAACAGGGAAGAAAUAUCAACCUGGACGGUGUUGUCGGAUACAUAAUACUUGAAGCGCAGCUGCUGGAGGCGACGCGCACCUGGCCUCACUCGGAUUUCUUGAGUCUUUCUCAGCGCUCAGCAGCCGUUUCUCUGUUAAAGAGACUGAACAGAAGCCUUUCAGCUGCUGUCAGUGCUCUUCAAGAUACAGAUCACAAAUAUUUCAAAGAGUUUGAGCCGAUCUUGGACAGCUCCUUUUGGUCCCUGCCUGCAAAAUGGAGUUUAACAGACGCCUCACUGGUUUAUAGUUCAGUGAGGUCUAUGGAGUGCUAUGAUGAGCACCUGAGUGACAAAUGCAUGACUCUAUUACUAGGAACAUGGAAAGACAAUGGAACGCCAUGUAUUGUGACUAAGACCUGCAGAGAUGCAAUGACACAAUUCGGUUGUCCACACUAUUCUCUUUCCCAUCAACUCCUCUACUUCAUGAUAGGAACAAUGAAAGGAUGCUCCAGAAUGCUGAAGGGGGACAUGAGAUUGUCCCGUGUCAAUAUAACUGUGGAACAUUACAAGAGAAUCUUCUGCUCCAACAUGAUACAAAGCAACCAGGAUAUGUUCAAAAAUGGGCUAACUGGCCAAAUGCAAGACAUCUUUUUAGAAAACAUUCUUUUAUGUGGUUUGGAGGGAUUCUCAGAUUUCUAUAAAUUAGACUGGUUACAGUCUAUAAUAACAUGGCAAGAUCAAGAAGUGGGUUGUUUUGGCAAAGAAGAUGACCUCGCCCAGAUCUUCGAGGAAUUUUUGGAUGCACCCCAUAAACGGGUGAAAAGAAGAGAAAAAACACUAAAUGAUGGUUGCUCAAGUCAUAUGACAGGAGUUGCAGUGAGUGCAUUAGGAGGUUUUCUCAACUAUUACCUUUCAGAGCAGGACAUAACGAAGAGGCCAUUAAUCUAGAAAAACAAUUCCUAAAGCAAUAGUUCACCCAAAA